AUGAACGAAGACGACUGCAUUAUCAUUAAUCAAGAAGAAGACUAUACAACCUGCCCUGCACUACAACCUCUCAAUCAACGUACACCAGUUCGUUCACGAGCAUCAGCUCAUCCUCGUACACCGCUAAGAAAAAGCACGACAUCACUUCGCGACCAUCGUAUGCCCGAAAUUCGUCGGAAAGUUCUACUUUUACCAGAAAUACCACCGGGUACUUCCACGCAGGUUCUCCCAGAUUUACAUCGACAUUCAGCCGGCAAAUUUUCACUACGUUAG